AAUGGAAGCUUCAAGCGGUCCGAAAAUAAACGCGGAUCCAAAUUAUUUAGAAUACUAUAACAUCAGGAAGAUUCAUAAUUAUUUAUGGAAGUCGGAGCCACCAAUAACUGCGAUUUCAAUGAGUCGAACGAUACCUCAUAUCAUCGAUCAGAAUGUACCCCACGAAGCUCACCGUUCCGAAGGUCGAGAUCAGCUUUGACACACCGAACCGCGAUCGCUUUCUGCGGGACGAGUUCCCUGGCCGCAGUAGCUAUACUGUCCUCGGGCGGGGAAGCUACGGAGUAGUGAUCAAGGCGCGGUAUAAAGGCAAAUCGGUGGCGGUGAAAAUUUUAGAGAAACACAAGAAGCACCGAUGUCGAUUCGAUUCGAUCCAGAACGAGUCCAACAUACUGAACCUGAAACACGAGAACAUUGUGCGCGUGCUGAAGAUCAUCUCCAGUGCCCAGUAUGGGCUGGUCAUCAUGGAGCGCUUCGAUGGACACUGCUUGCAGAGUAUCUUGAAUCAGAGCUACGCGAUUUCGAUCUAUCAUAGAUUGUUAAUUCUAUGUGAUAUUAUAAACGGAUUGUGGUUCUGUCAUCGUCAUCACAUAGUGCACCUAGACUUGAAGCCACAGAACGUGAUCGUUUGUCUGUUAAUACCGGACGCUCUGACUGGGCUACAAUGCAAGCAUGUUCGGAAUUAUAUGUGUAAAUUGUGCGACUUUGGUUCGUCGAUAGUAUUAAAUACGUCGAAAUCCGACGAGAAACCCAGCAACAAAGGCACAAUCCGGUAUAUGGCGCCGGAGUUACUUCGUGGGAUGGGUAAUAUCACCGAAGUGGCCGAUAUCUAUUCCUUCGGGGUCACUAUGUGGCAGCUUAACGAGGGAAAACAUCCUUACCAUACUAUAACUUCCAACGAGGCUGUGGCGUACAAUGUGGUGAAGAAAAGGAUCCGUCCAGAUAGCGUAACUUCUGUCGAAAAUCUCCGUUCUGGACUGCUGAUGACUCCUUCCGGGAUAAGCCCUCUGAUGAGUGGUCGAUUUUUUCGUUCUCGAAAAAAUAGUGAUACUUCGAUGGACGUUUCCCGGUCGAUCAUGAAACCGAUCGGCAACUCACAGAUGAGCUUCCACAGUAGCAUUUUGAUUUCAUCCACCGUGUCGGGCCAACAAACCAGUAUAGAGUGUGCGGCUGCCGCGAUGCGGGAUGUCCUCGAGCAGCAAGGCAUUGAUUUGGUGGAAACUCCAUCGGUGCCACACGACGGCAGUUGCGAGCAAAACUCGGAUGAUGCCACCGGCAACGCUGAUCUGAACGCAGCUGCACUUGAUGCGCUUUUCGUGCACACCGUCGAUGUGGAUCCUGUCGAUCAAAGUUACAUCCGACAGGAAUAUCGUACCUUGUACAGGAAAUGCUGGCAGCAUGACGCCACCCUGCGCCCAGCCGCCAGCGAUGUUCGUCUCAAUCUCCACAGCAUGUUGGAGAGAAUUUGUUGUUGUAAAUAGUGCUAAGUGUGUUUUUACCGUUUGUUCAGCAGGUAAUUAAUCUGCUAAUAUUUUAGUCGCUUUCUGUUUUUUUUUGCGUAAGCCGUUUGCGUGAACGGUCGUUUCCUAUGUUAGGAAUAUCAUAAGGCUAGCGAAUAAAAUAAUGCAUAUUAUUUUUUGCCUUCGCCAUCUCGAUUGUGUUGGUAAAAUGAAUAAAAUUGCUGUCAUCAUACAUGGAGAAAAAGCAGCGAAAUCAUUGAAACUAU